ACCUUAGCUAUUUUGUGCUUCCAGACUAAUGUACAACUCUUUAUGGGUUAUGGUAUAAGUCACUAUACGUAGACAUUAACAUUUGCAUAAUAGGGAUACGAGAUACCAUCAAAUCCCAAAUCACCAAAUCGCCCCCCUUUCAAUCCCCCUUCCUCCGUAAACAACAAUGGCGAUCGCCGGUUUGCAGAGACUCUCUUCUCAAAUCUCCCGAAACCCUAACCUUUCUCUUUAUUCACGCGCCAUCAUCUCGCGUUCAUCUGCAACAACAUCUUCAUCGGCCAAAGUUUCAGAUCGAAUCGUCAAGCUCACAGCGUACGAUUUCGACGGCCAAAAGCGCGAGAUCGUCGGCCUCUCCGGUCAAACGCUGCUCAAAGCGUUAACCAACAAUAACCUCAUUGAUCCGGCCUCUCAUCGUCUCGAAGACAUCGAUGCCUGUUCCGCCGAGUGCGAAGUCAACAUCGCUGAAGAGUGGCUCGAGAAGCUCCCGCCGGCAUCGUAUGAUGAACAGUAUGUGUUGAAGAGGAAUGCAAGGCAUAGGAUUCUGAAUAAACAUUCGAGGUUGGGGUGCCAGGUUGUACUCACGCAGGAGAUGCAAGGGAUGGUUGUUGCUGUGCCUGAGCCUAAGCCUUGGGACACUCCAUAAGUUCAAUUAGGCGUUUGUGCUCUUGGAAAUUGAAUAAUUUCGGUCAGUAACAAUAUUCGCAUACCUUUCCUGGAUUUGUUACUAUUACAACUAUUUUAUGUCUUUUCAUGUAAUUGUGAGUUCGUCGAAUUAACUCUUGUUACUUUUGUUUGAAUCUUUUUGAAUAAUUUGAUUUUAUCUCAGACACAACAAUUCUCAUA